UAAAUAAGUAGUAGUAGUUCAUUACAUAAAUUAAUUAAUUAAUCUAAAAGUUUGGUUGAACCAUACUCUAUAAUUACUCUAUAAUUAAUAAAUAAAUAAAAAAAAAAGAUCGGUGCUUGAAGCAUCAUAUCAUCGGGCGAUCGCUUUCCUCUGAUCGUCAUCUGAUCUCUUACUUCGUUCCGGUAAGCUAGACGAUGGCCACCGAGACCGGAGAAAUCACCAUCGUAUGCAACCACUGUGACAGAGACAUUCCAGCUCCAAAUAUCGAUCUGCAUCGUGUACAUUGUGCUCGGAAUCUAGAAAAAUGUAAGAUUUGUGGUGAUAUGGUUCCUAAAAAGCAUGCUGAGGAACACUUCUUGAACACACAUGCUCCCGUACCAUGCUCGAUGUGCAAAGAAACCAUAGACCGUGAGGUUUUUAAUAGUCACACAGAAGAAAUCUGCCCCAAGAGGAUGGUAACGUGUGAGUUCUGUGAGUUUCCAUUGCCUGCUGUUGAUCUUGCCGAGCAUCAGGAAGUAUGUGGCAACCGCACGGAACUCUGUUAUCAAUGCAACAGCUAUGUUAGAUUGCGGGAAACAUAUAACCAUGAAACCAAGUGCCCUGGGUCUGUUCUCAACACUGUUGAAUCAUCCAGAAGGAUCCCAAGAGCAGCAGAAGGAGAUGGAAACGGCAGGAGGAGAAGAGAUAAUGGUGUUUCUAACAAAAGGCUGUUCUUCACGAUAGCAAUAACGGGAAUAGCUGUCUUAAUAGGAUCGCUCUUCUUCCAGAGGAAGCCUGAGGGGAGCUAAGCAGAGAGAGAGACAUAGCUCGUGUGUACUUCUGUAAAUCUGCUCAAACUCCACAUUUGAAAUGCUUACUGAGACAGAGAUGUUCUUCCCUAAAGAUUGUUUAAGCUGAUUACCAUGAGACUUUCUUUUAUAUUUGGUUUCAAUAAAAGAGUUUUCAGGAACAAAAAAA